CAUAGAGUCUAAGGCAUAGACAAUGAUUUAUACUUGACGCCAACAUUCCGGACCAAAUUGUGAGUUGUGACGCUGUCAUUUCAAUCAAGAGUUCAAGUCGGCCAUUUUGCUAGUUUUUCGGCGACUGUAACACGUGUUCCGUUGCCAAAAUGGCAGUAACAAAGCCCGCGGCCAAGAAAGGCCAGCUUCACCAAAAGACUGGUAAAAAAGGAAUCAAAGGUGGUAAAAUCCGCGGCAAGGGUCAGCGAAGGAAAAUAAGCCUCAAAUUCGCGAUUGAUUGCACACAUCCCGCCGAAGACAGCAUUCUUGAAGUGGGCAACUUCGAGAAAUACUUGAAGGAACGUGUAAAAGUUGAGGGCAAAACAAAUAACCUAGGAAAUCACGUUGUCAUCGCGAGGGAUAAGACAAAAAUCGUCAUCAGUGCAGACAUUCCGUUCUCCAAGAGGUAUCUGAAAUACUUGACAAAGCGUUACCUCAAGAAGAACAAUCUGCGUGACUGGCUGAGAGUGGUUGCCUCCGCACAUGACUCCUAUGAGCUGCGCUACUUCAACAUCAACGCAGACAGCGACAACGAGGACAAUGAAGAUUAACCUGUUGCUACAAUAAAAUAGUUUUACACUAAA